UAUGUUGCUAAAAAAUGGCAUUGGAUCAUCGUGAUGUGGGGUUUCGGGCGGGGGCUGGCCUAGAAAGCCCCCAAAUGACGGGGGCAGGCCCGGAAGGGGCCGCUAAGGAAAGCCCCAGGGCGUCUGAGAAUUUGAUGCAGCGACGAAAGAAAAAAUUUCAAUACAGGGGGGUCAAGAGUUAUGAUAUUGCUCGUGGAAGGUUUGGGUUUGGAUUUACACUUUCCGGACAGGGGCCUUGUAUCCUUAGUUCGGUUAUAUCUAGUUCACCAGCCGAGCUAGCAGGGCUCAAACCUGGAGAUUCGUUGCUUACUGUAAACGGAACUAAUGUAUCAAGGUUGAGUCACAGCGAAGUUGUCAGAUUAAUUAGUCAGUCUCAAGGGUUAAUCAGAGUUCAGGUAUCUGAGGGUCCGAACUCGGACAGUAGUUCUGACGAAGAGGAGAAAAGACGACCUAAACAUCUUUACAGGAGACAAUUAAGAAGUGAAUCCCCUCUGACUGAGUUGAACCCGAACUAUGAUAACAUUGAGCUCUUCACCCAUCCUAGAACUAAACCAAGUCAAGGAUUGUCCACCAGGUUUGAAGAUAUUACGGAGGAAAGGUUUUUUGAUGGAGACAGAAUCAAGGAACGAACUGGUCAUCAUUUCAGGAGUAACUCAGCAGAUAGUUCAUUUAUCGGUGACUCUCCCAUAUCAAACUUCAACUUCAGUCCUUCGAAUCCAUCAAACUUCACUCCUUCGAACCCUUCCAGCUCGAAGUUCAAUGUCUCAUUAAGUUCGACCCCUCGAAGGCCUGAAUAUCUCCAACGUAAGGUUGAUCUAGGCGCCACAGAAGAACUCAGUAUAGGAGGAGAACUACGGGAUACACUAAACCCGACAAUAAACCAGCUCCGGCAUAGCAUGAAGCUGCACAUCCAGCGCAAGCUCAACCUGGACCUGGAGACUGCUGUGCUAAAGUGUAUAGUUGGAUAUCUGGGAACUAUAGAGCUCAGCUCCGAUACCGGAUCCACGGCAGAUCUUCAGGGGAUACGGAACUGUAUCAGACGUUUUAGGGUAGAGAAGAAGGUGCACACUCUAGUAUUAUUUGCUAUAUUUGAAGACUGUAUUGUUCUAAUUAAUCAUCAUGGACUCAAGCUAGCGGAAUUUCAGUCUGUGAACGUGAGUUUCUGUGGUGUUUGUGAGGACGAUAAACGAUUUUUUGGACUCGUUACAUCACAGGCCGGACACGAUAAUGGAUCAAGUUCCUGUCACGUGUUUAUGGUUGAACCAACCAGUAGUGAACAUGAGAGAUUAACACGAGCUCGGGUUUUCAACAUUGUUCCUUCAUACAGUCCUCAAGGAGUUUGUCAUGAGUUCCCCUCUGAUGCUGAUCCGAUAUUAUCUGUGAUAUAUUCUAUUAAAGGGGUCAUCCUACCUACCCCACAGGUUCAGGGUGAAGAGGGUGGUGUAUCAAGUAGUUCUAGUAGUAGUAGUUCUUCUAACAGUGAUAGUGGUAUAGGAUAUAGAGAAGAUGGUCCACCUCAUCAGGUUGUUGAAGAAUCUGUAUCUAAUGAGGGAUUAAGGCUGGAAGAUGAAGCGAGAUCUUCAAACCAACAAUCCUCUCCAGAAUCUAGCAAUCCGGGAUCUGCUGCAAAAUUAACAGUUCGUGCCAUGCCUGAUCCCUCGGUAACAAACUCAGCAACUGCAGCAGAAACAUCGUUCAAUACCGAUAGGUUAGAAUGCUUACAGAGCGCUGAACAUAUUCGUUUAUCUAUGCAUAAAUAUCUACAGGACAAACAUGAACACUUGAUGAGGUCUUCUCAGCAACUAGUGGAUAGAAGAACUUCCGGUCAAUCUAGUCAAGACACUGGUUUACAGAAUGUCCAGCGACUUAUUAAAGAAAAAUUUGAACAACGUGCAGAGGUUGGAGAGGUUUACCUGAGGUCCCGAGCUGACCACACCUCCGCUACUCCGACCCCCAGCAUUUCAGAGAAAAGCUUUGUUAGAAGUUUAGAAGAUCUAAGAAGUAUUUCACAGAUAGAGAGAACUAGUAUUACUGAUGAUUCUGCUUUAAAUGGUCCUCCUUCUCUUCCAGUUCUUUCCAGUCUUCCAUUGGCCAGGUUUUUGUACAAUUCUGAUUCUAAUCUGAGUGGAUUUGAUGAGAACGUAAGCUGGUCAGCUUUACCUGUUCUUGAACAUAAAGAUCCUCAACAACACCCACUCAAUAGAUGGCAGGAAAAACAGGCUGGAGGGUUUAGUAGUAUACUCCGACCCUGUGAUCAGUAUCCAGUAGAGCCUACAGUCAGACUUAGACCUAGAUCUCAAACUUCUAAUGCUUCUCAUCGGUCGAGUAUGUUUGAGUUCUCUGAUUAUGACAAUAUCUCUGUAACUGAUCAGCGCCAUUCUGCUGCUUCCAGUCUUAACCGGAGGAAGCAGCACCAGUUUCAACAGCAGGCCUUUCUACUAGAGGAGAAAGCAGAACGGGAUGCUGAUAGGGCGUCUAUUUGCGGAGAUGCUGAGAGUAUAGUGGGGAGACGGGAUACUACUAUUGAGAGAACAAGGGUUAGAAGAAAAUCAGAUUCAGAGUCUAUUCGAGACUUUCAUACUCAGGAGGACAGGGGAAAAGAGAAGGAUAUAGGACGAGUAGGAGGCUGGGCGGCCGACUUUGAUAAACUUCUUCGAGAUUCUGCAGGACUGCAAACAUUUGCAGAAUUCCUCAAAAAAGAAUUCAGUCAUGAAAAUAUCUACUUCUGGUGCGCAUGUGAACGCUACCGGAAGCUAUCAGCUGGGGAUGACCGGCUCAAGCUAGCAAAGGAGAUAGUUAGUAAACACCUGGGCGUAGCUGCAACUGAACCGGUUAAUGUUGACGCUGUUGCUAGGGAGAGUACGGCAGAAAAUCUUCAGCUGGCCAACGAAGAAAAUCCGCCAAGUGCAGACUUGUUCUCUACUGCGCAGAAGCAGAUUUACAAUCUCAUGAAGUUUGACAGUUUCUCCAGGUUUCUUAAAUCCGACCUGUAUAAGGAGAGCCUCCUUGCGGACAUGGGUGGAACUAGCCUGCCUUACCUGGGCCUGGAGACCCUGGACCCUGAGCUACGGCUAGACACGAGUCUGACGGAGUCCCUGGAGGGAGAGAAGAAGAAGAAGGAGGAGGGGCGAAGGAAAAGUAUUCUACCCUGGGGUAACAGGAAUAGAUCCAAGUCUAAGGAUAGAGUAGAACAAGACAGACCUUCGUUAUUCAGGGGGAUUAAACUACCUGGACAAUCAGCUGGUCGGCUCAGCCUGGGCACUGACAAAUCUGCUGACCGGAGCGCAGAGUCCAGAAAUCCUUUAGAACGAGGAACAGAGUCCAGAAAUUCGGGUUCCAGAGCAUCAUUGGGUUCCAACCAUGGAGAUACCGAGAACUCUGGUGUCACAAGGUUUAUCCUGCCAGAUAAAGCGACUACAGUGGUGACCCCAACACCGGGGGAAAGUAUCCGAGCCCUUGUCUCUAAACUCCUGGAUAAAAGAGGGCUUAAGUUCACAAGCUUCGACGCUUUCCUACAUGGGAAUGAGAAACCUCUGGACCUCUCAGAGGAUUGUUCAACUCUAGGAGGUGCAGAAGUUAGAGUGGAACCAAGAGUUUUGUUCAGGCUGGAGUUACCUUCCAAGAAGUCUAUUGGUGUGAAAGCUAAGCAGACUAAGCUAGUAGAGGAAGUUCUUAGACCAAUCCUUCAUCAGUAUGGUUGGAAUCUAGAUCAAAUGCUUGUUCAGGUUGAAAGACAGGGAGUUAGGAGUGGAGUUGAUUAUAGAUCUGGAGUCAAGAGUAUUGAUAACUCCAGGCUCACAGUUUCAUAUCAGAACCAGGAAAUGCAAAGCAAAGCUUUGGAUGAAGUGAUGAGACGGCAUUCUGACACGGAAUCAUUGAAAACAGAUUCAAGGCCUGGGUCUAGAAAUUCCGGUCAUCAUAUGGGCUUCCGGCGCCAAUCUGUGAGUUCUGCCGAGUCCAGAAAACAGGAUAGCUCGUCUGAGUCAAGAAAAUUAGAUGAAUUUGGUCUGAUGCCGCCACCCGCUAAAAUUCCUUCAGUGCGAAGACGACCUGCCGCACAGACCAGUCCUAACCAAGUGUUCAGAGAGCAGGAAGCAUCUCUAUACGAGGGUCUAAAACGAAUGACCCAGGGUCGGCUGGAUGAUCAGCGGGGUUUAGAGAUUAAUGGAGAACUCCCCGAUUUCUUGAGGAAGGAGGAGAAUCAGAUGAUGGAAAAUGAUGAAGAACGAAAACAAUCCGAGGACAAUCUUCUUUCCAGGCUUUCAG